AAGACAUGGUCAACGAGUGUGGGCAAAAAGGCAUGAACUGAAGCAAAGCAAAAUGUGACACAGGGAGGACCGGACCAAAGUGGUUGGAGAGGAUCCGAUUCCGAUCCAAUUAUCCAAACACAAAUCAAACCGUAUUCAACCUCCACAACGAUGGCGUGUGCCAGGUUUCUCACUCUAAAAAUUCAAACUUCCGGCAAGGUUAGGGCUUUUUCCGCCCUCAUGUCACCGCCCUCUACGGCGGUCUUCUACGACCACCACGGUCCUCCAGACACUGUCACCAAAAUAAUCAAACUUCCGCCAGUUGAAAUUAAAGCAAACGGCGUCUGUGUGAAAAUGCUUGCUGCUCCCAUCAAUCCAUCCGACAUUAACAGAAUUCAAGGUGUGUACCCUGUGAGGCCACAACCGCCUGCUGUUGGGGGAUAUGAGGGUGCUGGACUAGUACACUCUGUUGGCUCCGCCAUACGAGAUCUUUCUCCGGGCGAUUUAGUCAUGCUGUCUCCUCCCUCACCUGGUACAUGGCAGACACAUGUUGUUAAAGAUAAAAGAUUCUGGCACAAACUUGAUAAAGAUACACCAGCGGAAUAUGCUGCCACAGUGACAAUUAAUCCUUUAACUGCUCUAAGGAUGAUAGAAGAUAUAGUGGAUCUCAAGUCAGGGGAUGCAAUCGUGCAAAAUGGAGCAACCAGCAUGGUUGGCCAAUGUGUCAUUCAGCUCGCUAAACUUCGUGGCAUUCACACCAUUAAUAUUUUAAGGGACAGGCCGGGGUCAGAUGAAGCAAAAGAGAAACUCAAGAAACUUGGUGCUGAUGAAGUGUAUACUGAGAGCCAACUCGAUGUGAAAAAUGUCAAGAGUCUUUUGGGUAAUGCACCUGAACCCGCUCUGGGAUUCAACUGUGUUGGUGGUAAUGCUGCUUCUCUGGUUCUAAAAUUCUUAAGGCAGGGUGGAACGAUGGUGACUUAUGGUGGUAUGGCUAAGAAGCCUGUAACUGUAUCAACUUCAGCCUUUGUAUUUAAAGAGCUUACUUUAACAGGAUUCUACGUGCAAAAUUGGUUGAGUUUAGAUAGAAAUGAAGAGUUGAGAGAAAUGUUAGAUUACCUUUUGGGCUUGAUUCGCGAAGGAAAAUUGAAAUACGACAUGGAGCUUGCUCCUUUCAGUGAAUUUCACACGGCGUUAGACAAGACACUUGGAAAGCUUGGAAGCCAACCUAAGCAAAUCAUUAAGUUCUAAUACCUCGGGUUGAUGUAUGCAAGACUUUGCAUCUUACCCAUAAUUCUCCAUGGUACAUAAUACCAAAGUAAUAGUUUAUUUAGAAAGUAACAGGUUUUGUCUUUUUAUCUAUGAACUAACUUUGGUAAACCCAACUAUUAUACACGAUACGAAGUGAAAAAAUAAAAAUUGGGGUAAAGAAAUACUGCGAUGUUGUAUUACCGACUUACUGUAUAUUUCAUCGACCUCAAAACGCUUGUCAUUUAUAUACCAACCUCUUCUUGUCGA